AUGGUCCAACUCAUUCUCUAUGAUUUUCUCCCAUCACCGCCCACCACCACCACCACCACAACCCGAUCAAAUAAAAAUGAUCAUGAUGAGUAUACACAUUCUGAUUCAGAUAAUCUUUCCAAUCUAUUGAAAAACAUUUGGAAACAAGCAUCGGAACGAUUUUUGCAUGAUUAUGAGAAAUCGUAUGAAUUUUUAAAAUCAUUCCGAAAGCAUACUUAUAAGAAAUUACCUCGAUACUAUACGAUUCCGAAAGAAUAUGUGGAUAAUGAGUUGGUGGCUUGGCACAUGUUGAGGUUUAUUAGGUGUGAAAACACUUUUUUGCAAAUUUCUGAACGAUUGAGAAAUAGUAUUCGAAUUGCUAUUAGAGCAGUUUCACAAUUUGGUUACUUUUAUGUACAUUUGAGUGAUGAAUUGAAGAAGGAUAAGAGGGUGUGUCUUAAAGCUGUGACAUCUUGUCCGAGAUGUUAUAAAUUGUUUUCAGAUGAAAUGAAGAAUGAUCGAGAUAUUGUAAUGAGAGUACUGAAGAGUGUUAGUUCAUAUUUCCAUAAUUUUGAAUUCAAACUUCCAGAAAUAUAUUUAAAUGAUAAGCAAGUUGUGGAAUUGUAUGUGAAAAUUCGAGAAUUGAAAAUAUUAUAUUACAAACUUCCUAAGGAAAUGCUCGAUGAUAGACAGAUUGCUCUAUCAGCAUGUAUUUCCUCUCCAAAUAAUGUUGGAUAUAUUAGUGAGAGAUUGCAACAUGAUUUCUCAUUUGUUAAGGAAGUUGUUAGGAGAAACUACUUUGCCUAUUCUGAACUUCCAAAAGUAAUGAGAGAAAAUAGAGAAUUGGUAUAUCAAUUAGUUGGAAUGAAUUUGCCACUAUUCCUUGUUCCUUAUGAGUUUAGAAAGGAUGAAGAAAUUGUUAAGAGAUGCAUUCAAAAAACAAAAUAUAUCUAUGAGAUUCCUUUUUGGUUUAGAGAAGAUGAGGAAAUUUUCAAAAUGUCACUCGUUAAGGCAUACCAAGUGUGUAAGGAAAAUCUGUCAUUGGAAAAAUUUAUAGCUCCUAAAUAUUUGAAUAAUAGAAAGUACAUGAAUGACCUAUUGAAGGAAAUACCAGAACUUGCAACAAACAAGUAUUACAACUUUAUUUAUUGA